AUGCCAACUGUCUACCGUGGCCGGCUGAGCAAAGCAUGUGCCGAGUGCAGAGCGAAGGCCACCAGGGUACACUAUACCCCACACCCAUCAGUGAGCGCUUCUGACUCUGUUGCGGAGCUGACAUGUCUCCAGUGUGACACGGCGAGGCCAUCAUGCGGGCAAUGCCGGAGAACUGGCCGGGUGUGCACAGGCUACCAGGACCUCGAGACACUCCGUGUGCUUGACCAGACAAAAGAUGUGACGCGGAAGGGGUAUGCGAAAGCUAAGCAUGCACUGGUAGGGAGGACUGAAGAUCCCGUCGUUGUUAUGCUUCCUUCGGACUCCCUCGCCGUCAGCGCACCGAAGGUCUUCCCGCAGCCGAAGUACCUUCUACGUAACGCAGCAACAAGCGCCUUCUUCGCCGAGUAUGUCAGCAUUUGUCAAGGGCCCGUGAAAACAGACUUCGACUUUGUACUGUCUGUAUACGACAAAUCUAAACCGCAUGGAAUGCUCUCGAAUGCUGUCGCCGCGUUGGGCACCUUGGUGGUGGCGAAGCGAAACAGCGAUCCGACAAUCUGGACAGCUGCUGCAGUAGAGCAUGCAUGCACCCUAAAGCAGAUUCGAAGCUCUCUGGAGGAUGCGGUUGUGGCUAUUCGGGAUGAAACGCUUGCGACAGUGUCUCUUCUCGCACUGCAUGAGGGUCUCUCAGUCGGGUUCCCCUACCACAGUCCCUGGAUCGCGGUACACUUGGAGGGAGCAGCAAGACUAUUGCAUCUACGCGGACACAGCCAAUUGCGAACCGGUAGUGGCAGGCGCCUUUUCCUAAGGUUGACGUCCAUGGUCAUCUCGAGUUCUCUUCACUGCCGGAAAGCCCUGCCAAGUGUACUGUCGCAGAUGCUUUCGUUCGCUCAACAGUUCUGCCGGCCGGACGAGCGUGUUGCCGUCCAGCUCUUCGAACUUGGCGGAAGACUGUGUGAGUUACUCGAACAGCAUGUACCGCCCCGAGUCGAGGACGAAGCGCUGUUACUCGAAUUUGCGGAGCUGGCGAAGCUGCUUGAAGCUUGGACGGACCGCCUGACGCCUAGCUAUGCUGUUGAGACGGUCAGUUCGACGUGGCCUAACAGGUUUUCCUACCGGGGCCAGCAUGACGAAUAUAGCAACCAUGUGGCUGCGGCAGUGUGGUGCAAGUACCGAUGCAUGCUGAUCCUAGCGUAUGAGGAGACGCGAAGGCUUGCAAAGCACAUGCAGUCACUGGAAGUUCAUCAUGUCGGCCAUCAUGAUCUUCGCUACCUGAGAGUCCAUGCUACUGCGCGCAUCAAGGCGUCGUCGGAAGACAUAUGUCGUAGCGUUCAGUACGUUGUGUCGGGCAGUGACACUAUGCUCUCGAAAAGCGAGCGCGAAAGGGACAGGACCGUGAGUAUGUACGCUGCCACAGCUGUACUGCAACCUCUGCAAAUCGCUGCCAGAGCUAGUCCGGAGAUCCGACAAUGGAUCAGCGAGCGUGUAAUGUGGAUCAGAGCGGAGACUUCGGUCUAG